CCUCAACUUUCAUCCCCUCCCGUGAGCCCCUUCAAUUGCCAAUCCACUCCUAGGUUCCUGGCCAAAUUCAGGAAGGAGAAGAUGGAUCUCAUGUGCAGUUUUUCAUCCCCACCACCCACCUGCACUCCGCCAAAAACAAACAGAAGAAAUUCCAAAACAUGGAAGGAGAUGAAUCUCACGUUCUUGUCUGGGUAGGACUCACAGAGGACGGCCGCAACAACUGGUUCCCGUACGGUGCCGUCAUGGUGCAGGACCGAGGAGGGACCGCAGCAGAGGGGCCUUCUUCCUCCUCCCCACGCCCUUCUCCUCUUCUUCUUGCACCAGAUCGAGGACUUGCUGUCGUUUCAUGUCACCACGUUCGGGUCUCGCCUGCUCGUGGGUUUUCCAUUAGCAUGCCAUCAAUCGUUGCCUCGCUGGUGAGGCCUCCCUUCUCUAUGGGGUCGCGGUGGACGAACAUACAAGUACGAUGGACGUCUGAAACACGGAUCUAUGGAAUGAUGGUGAAGCGGGUCGAUGUGUUAGAUGCACUGUGUCCAUCUUCACCGGCUGUAGCACUCCUCCUGCCAUGUUCGUCAGAUGAUCUGUCCACAAACGCCGAAUUGUCUCCAAUAGGACUUCCGGUGAUUUGUCCAAAAAUGUUGAUUCGUCUCCAACAGUCAGUUCCCCCGGAUGUAACGCCCGUCAGGAAGCGGUCAGCGUUUUUUUCAUCCGCUGUUAUCUGUCUGGAACAUCGAUCAAAGAAUACUUGAUUUUUCAAUUGCAACAAACUACAAGUUGCAGGAUGUACUACUGCUUUUCUCCUUGAAACUGGAUGAUAAAAUGAUGCCUGGGCCAAUCCUCUAGCCCAUCACUAGUAGAAAAC